UACUUUGAGGUUUUCACUAAACUGUAAAAAGUACACUUGCCGUCAGGCUGGUGUAAGAUAGCAUCAAAGGAGGAACACAGAAUGACUGAUAUCAAAUUCUUACUCACUCAGCAGGGACCGCCUUUCCGGUUGUUUUCUUCUAUCUGAAGCCUGAGACAUCUCUCUUUUUAUUCAGUGGUUUUUAUUCAGUGGUCCUGGACACAGGAGAGUGAAAGAAAGUUACAGCCUUGACUUCCUUGUUUGUGCGCAUGGUGCCAGUUACGCUGGGUGACUGGGAGCUACCCAGAAUGGACAACUCAAGCGGGAUUACAAAUGGAAGUCAGACUGAACCACCUCUCAGCUCCACACAGAUGUUUUCUCUCGUCCUCUACUGUCUCAUUUUUGUGGUGGGAGUAAUUGGUAACAGCUUUGUGAUAUAUGUGACAGGGUUUAGAAUGCAGACUACAGUCAACUCUAUCUGGUUCCUAAAUUUGGCCAUUGCCGAUUUCAUUUUUGCGAUGUUCCUCAUCUUCAGCAUUAUCAACAUUCCCCUCAAAGAUGCGUGGGUCUUUGGAGAUUUCUUCUGCAAGUUUAACAAUUUAGUUCAAGUCAGCAUGAUGUUUGCGAGCAUCUUCCUACUCACAGCCAUCAGUUUGGACCGUUGCUUGUCCAUAUGGUUGGUGGUGUGGGCUCAUAACAAACGUACAACAACCAAAGCCAUACUUACCUGUGUUUUUGUUUGGCUCCUCUCUUUGGGGUGUGCCAUUCCUUUUGUACUGGAACGCCAGGUUCAAAUCAGGGGUGACAAACAGUACUGCGUUAAGACGUCUGAUCUACUCACAAACCGCAGACAUGCCUGGUCACGUUUCGUGAUCGGAUUUCUGAUUCCUUUCAUUGUAAUUUCAUGCUGUUAUGUGGCCAUUGGUGUCCGUGCCUACCGAAGCCACAGGAAAAAGAAAAUGAGGCCUUUCCUCGUCAUCCUAGCUGUCAUAUUGACCUUCUUCAUAUGUUGGCUACCCAUACAAAUCUGUGACAUAAUUACCAGGGACCAACUUUACAUUUAUUACCAUGUUAGCAAAGAUCUUUACAACAGCAACGUGUACAGCAUGGCAUCCAGUGCAACUCCAGUGGCAGUCAGCUUGGCCUUUCUCAAUAGCAGUCUCAACCCUUUCCUGUACACGUUCAUGUGUGAGGAAGUGAAGGUUAAGUUGAGGCGCUCCAUUUUCCUGGUGCUUGAGCACGCCUUUGCUGAGGAACAUCUCUUCUCCUCUCAGUUCUCCAUCAGUUCACGCCAGUCCGUCUCUUCAACCACCAUGCAGAGAAAAGCUACUCUGACCUCUUUGCUGGGCUUCGACAAAAAGACCCCAGUGGACACAUGAACAAAUAUGCCGGGCAGCGGACAGGGGGGACAAAGGGGUACAUUUUCCCGGGCCCAGGGAGAUGGGGGGCCCCAAAAUUGAAUUCCAGUUGUAUGUACAGUAUAUGAAGGGGGGCCCUUUCAGAUGGCUUUGUCCUGGGCCAAGGCAAAGCUGUCAACGGCCCUGCAAGCAUGCUUGAAUCAGAACAUAUGUUCCAGUUUUAUAUGUCAACUGAUAUACUCUUGAAUGCAAAUUGAGAAAAAAAUGUUUGUUUUACAGCACACUGUGUAUACUGUGUUUUCAUUUACGUAUUUGUGUUUUUUGCACCAGUUGAAUGGGGGCAUUUAGUUUGCUCACAUGUCAUCAUUGGCAAGCCAGCAUUCUUUCUUUGACAAAGUAGCCUAACAGUCCUUAUCUGUCUCAGACUGUUUGUGUCUGAUAUGUUGUGCAGAAAAGUGAGUCUUGGAAAUGGUCUGAGUUUGAGCUUGUUGCUUUGCAACUCAAGGCAUGCAUCUUGCUUAUCAAGUCUAAAAUGUUUAUGUUUGAAAUGGUUCAUUUCAAUGUGUGCGUGAUUGUUAAAAAUGUAAGAAAACUAAUAAAUAUAUCUCCUUACGUUUGUACUCAUGGCUAAUAAUAAAUGAUAGUGAGUUUAGUCUGAGAAAACAUAAAGGGAUGUAUCCAACUAGCUUGGCCUUGCCAGACAUAGGCAUUCCAGUUAACCCAUUUUAGCCUGAUGACUUGUAUAUGUUGUUUGACCUUUGAUGCCUGUAGACACAUAUACGCUGCAUUCAGGCUCUUGAGAUUUUAGCUUUGUUAAUAAAAAUGUGGGCAUGUCACAGCUGAAUGAACGCAUUCAAACGCAAGAUGGGGGUCUUAGGGUUUAAAUGCAACUUAUUUCAUGUUUUUAUGUGCAUCAGAGGCUAAGAUAUUCAGGUUUUUAUAGGCAGAGGGCAACUUUCCCAACAAGGGCUUAGGCAUUUACCAGGCUUUUUUUGCAGGUGCUUUAGGCAUCAAUGGGUUAAAACCUCCGCGUUAUGUCUGGGCCAGGUGUUCUGGGAGGGGUUUG